UCAUACAAUUUGGCUGUUUGACGAGCGUCGAUCGCGGUAGACGACACGGAAAAGAACGCCAUCUGACAGACAAAAGCUGAUCGUUUCAUCCAGAGGGAAAAAACCUGAAACAUGAAGCAAAUGGUGGUUGCACUGUUUUUUGUUGCUUUGUGCUGUGUGGCCAAAGUUCAAGCUGACAAAUGCUACAGCUGUUCUUCAACUGAAAGCUGGGGAAAAUGUAACGGAGCCAAAAAAGAAAUGACCUGCUCAAGCGCAAAAUGUAUGAAACUGAAAGUCAGCACCGAAAUCAAAGCAUCUGGAGCCAACAUCACCAAGACGUACAGCUACAUCAAGGGUUGUGGAUCGGCUGCCGCUUGUGAGAUCAAUAAUAACCCAUUGUGCAAGAUUUCGUUGCCUGGUAAGUAUUUAAUGAGUGUUUCAGCUAGUUCCUUAAAUUCUUCCAAUAGGCAUGAAACUGGAGAAUUUGGUUGUGAUGUCUUUUUUGUUUAUUAA